AAUGAGUAAUCACUGGUUUUAGACACGAGAGAUUAGACCUGUCAAUUCUACUAAGAACACGAAAGCUCAAUCCGGGUAACUUGAAUAUGAACUUGAUCCAAUCUGAUUUCAUCAUAAAAGUCGAUUUUGGAUUAUUUGGGCUGAUGCCAAGCAAUUGUAAGCGAACUUGUGGAAUUUUAUUAAAAAUGGUUCCAUCUGUUAAUUGGGCAGGUCAAUCUAGUUGGUUUUGGGUUGAUUUUAAAAAAAAUUGGAUUUUUUUUUUGGCUUUGGGUCAAUUUCAAGAUUGGGUAUGUUUAGGUUUGGGUUAAUUUUGGAUUUGAAUUGUUUUUGGUUCAAAUUAUUUCGAGUUUGUGUUGUUUUGAGUUUCGAGGUUUUCUGAAUAGGAUGAUUUUGAGUCAUGGACAUUUCAAGUUACUUGUUUGGGUUAUUCAAAUAUUUGACAUUUUGAAUUUGGAAUGUUUCGGAUUUAGUUUUGGGUUUGAAGUAAACGGAUCCGGAGAAAAUGAGAGGUUAAGAUAACUAUUCUAAUGAUGGUAAAAAGAUAUAAUGAUAGAUUUAGUCCUCAAAGUUUAUAUAUAUAUUUUUAAGUUAAAUGUAGUCACUAAUUUUUGAAUGUUGAUUAAAAUAUUAUUUUUGAACAUUGUUGGCAAGACAAUUUAUGUGGCGGUCAAUAUACACUUUUUGUUAAUAUGAUAUUGUGUCUUAUGUGUUAUGUCAAUAAAUAAUUUAAAAUUAUAAAAAAAUAAAACUUACAAAAAGAUUCAUAAAAUAUUAGCAUAAAGUACACAUGAAGUGUUAUUAGGUUAACAUGUUUAAAAUUUUAACAUCUUAAUUUAUAUUUUCGUUAAAAAUUAAUUAAAUUUUAUUUUUUAAAGUUGAAUGGUCAAAUUAAAUUUUUUAAAAUUGAUAAGUGCUAAAUUUAAAAAAAAAUUAAAUUGACAAAAAAUGCAAAUAAAAGUUAAAUUGGAGAUUAUAUAAAAUAAAACAUUUUAAUUGUAAAAUGAAGAAAAUGGAAAAGAUAUCUAAUUAUAAACAAUCUUUCCCAAAAUAAGUCUUAAACUUGAAUAUUUUUUUAAAAAAAUCUUGUUUUAGUCUUAUGUAAUUUUAAAAGUAAAUAAUGUGAAUUUAUUCAAACAUGAAAUUACAUGAUUUUUAAAAAAAAGUUUAAGCUUCAAUUCAAAUGAUUUAUAUGAAUUUGGAAUGAUUUGAGUUUAAAAUGAUUAAAUUUAAAAAUUAAUUUAUGCUUAAAAGAUACUGAAAAUUUUAAACCUCAAAAUUAUUUGAUCUUCAAAAAAGUGAUUCAAAAAUUUUAAAAUUCAGAUUGAUUUGAUCUUUAACAAUAGUAACAAUUGUUAUCUAUAUUGUUAUGAAGCGAUUGAUUGAAGUAGAUGUCACCUGAUUUAGUGACACCAAACAAGUAGUGAAAUUACCAAAAACUGAGAAAACUUCAAUGAACUUAUCAAAUUAGGAUAAACAUGCCCUUUACUUAAAAAAUUGGGGUUGAAGAAAAUCUCAAAUCAAUGAACAUCAGCGAAGAAGAAAACAAGAACCCUAACCCUAACACUAAAGAUGAAGAAGAUGGUGAACUUGAAGAAUGGGAGAUCGCAGGUGAAGGAGAUGAUACGGCGUCGUCUUCGUUAAAGAAAGGUGUCGUCGAACAGCCUCAACCGUUGGAGCAUUCAUGGACCUUUUGGUUUGAUGACCCUCGUGCUAAAUCAAAAAAAGCUACUUGGGGUAGUUCUAGGCUCCCUAUUUACACUUUCUCCACCAUUGAACAAUUCUGGAGUCUUUACAAUAACAUAGAUCAUCCAAGCAAAUUGGCUGUGGGAGCGGACUUCCAUUGUUUCAAAUAUAAAAUCGAGCCCAAGUGGGAAGACCCUGUCUGUGCUAACGGAGGCAAGUGGACUGUAAUUUUCAAAAAGGGGAAAUCAGAUAUGGCUUGGUUGUACACGUUGCUGGCUUUGAUAGGGGAAGAGUUUGAGUACAGCGAUGAAAUCUGCGGAGCAGUUGUCAGUGUGAGAGCCAAGCAGGAAAGAAUAGCAUUGUGGACCAAGAAUGCUGCCAAUGAAACUGCGCAGAUGAGCAUCGGGAAACAGUGGAAAGAGUUACUUGAUUACAACAACACUAUCGGCUUCAUAUUUCAUGAUGAUGCAAAGAAGCUCAACAGAGGUGCCAAGAAUCGCUACACAGUAUGACUUUCUGUAGAGUUCUUCUCUACCGGAUGGCAUGCGUGGCACAAUCGGGACUCUCUGUAUGCUUCCUAUGGCUUAUCUUUGUUGCCUCCUUUCGGAUUCUAGUUUCGAGCUAUUGCUGUUUUUUACAAAAGAUUUUUAGCUAUAUAAAGCGAAUCUUAGUACUACCUUAAGUUUCAAUUUUAUGACCAUUUAUGAAAUGCUUUUUCAAUCA